GCUAAAAUGUUACAUGGAAAAGGCAGGUCAUGCAUCUUGUCAGAUACAUUUUGAAUAUAUUUUUGUAUUAAUGGUUGGCCUAUUGUAAAUGGAAUAAUGAGCCAACGGUCCACCGAAAAAGAAAAUGAGGCACCUCACUCUACACAAUCACAAGUAGGCCUAAAAGAUGAAGCUGAGGUGCCAACAACCCUUGAACUCACAGUUGAAAACGUGCAGAGGUUAGAGCAGCAGUUUGAUGGCACAGAAUGGCUGUACAGCAGCAGUCGCAACUUGGAGGGGUAUGUGGAGCAAUGCAGCCAAAUGGACUGGGAGGCCGGGAGAAUCGAGGAGAUCUGCGAGCAGGAUAUUAAUGUCUCUUCAGAGGAGCUGGAACUGCGAGACCACAUGAGGACAGCUUCUCAAGAUCUGUGCCCACGGAUUGACUCUCCUGAAUAUGUGGAGGUCUAUGCAUUCGAUGGCAGAGUCAUCUCCAGAAUCAGCACGAGGACACAAACAGACUGGGAUUGGGUGGACCAGAGGAGACAUGAGGAGAGUAGCCAAGUCAACAUUCAGUCAGAAGAAGUGACUCCAAAACCUGCAGAGGAAUCAGGGACCCCCUUGGAAUGUGUGGAUACAACACUUGACUCUACAAUGCUUGAGAAUAUUCCUAAAAACAAGGACCUGGAGAUGAAUAUGUCCCUCGAUAAUGAAGUAUUGGAUACUCUCAGCAAGGAUCCCCAAACUCCCACAGCGUACAGAGUAGAAACUAAACAGUCACCAACACAUUUUGACAUGAUCAGAUGGGCAUCCAGCUCAGACUCAUCAGGGGAGAUGCUGGAGAGUGAGUUGGACUCUAUUCCCUGUGAGUACUGCCUGCAGCCCAGGAAGCCCACUGUGACCAGAGACCAGCUAGUCAACAAUACGGACCCAGAGGAGUUGUUUUGUUGUGAGUUGGCCUGGAGGAUGAAUAUGUUUCUGAUGGAGGAGGAGGAGGCGGCUUUCGCUGCGAUCCAGGGGAGCAGGAAGAUUGAUGUAGGCCCUUACCCACCCUUCAAGAAGGCUGCAAGGGACCGGGCAGAGCAAAGGUUGAAAGAAUGGGAGAAUCAGAAUUGCCUGUUUUCAACUAAACAAAGAUCUAAAGUUAACUUGCGUAACACCAUUUGCUAUCGACUUUCAAAUGAGGUCUGGACUGCAGAGAAGGAAGACCUAUUCGCCAAAAUGGAAAUCAUUGAUUCUCCAGACACUCUCACACUUUAUGGAGAAGAACAAGGACAUAAGGAGGACAAAGAUCUGGUACCCAACAUCCAGGCCGUCUUUACAUCCAGGGGCCAGGCCACCUGCUAUCAUCCCAAUGGUCUUAUAUGGGUGAACCUGACCCAGCUGGGAGGCUCCUGCUGUAGUGACACCGGUGCUCUGAGGAGGCGCUGGAGUUGGCUGGACCACGAGCCCCACGUCCACGCCCCUCCCUUCCAGCCCAUCUGUCUGACCCUCAGCCCCAACAUCAGCCUCCGCAUCCAGAACCAGGACUGCAUCUACCUCACCUUCACCUCUCGCAAGAGCAGUGUGAGGUUCAACGUGGGGGCCAAACUCAAGCUGGAGCACUUGAAGGGCCUGAUGUUGCCUGGGCCAGACCUGGACCAGAGACACCUCCACAUGAAGAGUGCAGAGAUCUGCAACCUUCUGCAGAGGAUCCAGGGCUAUAUCACCUACCAACAGGCCCCAAGUCCACAGAAGGUCACGCCCCAAUACAGUCUGGUCUCUCAAAUGGAGAGACUGAAGACACCUCUGGACAAGCACCGCUCAGUCAAGAAGAGAGUUCAGAUAGCUACCAAAGCCAUAUCAUUUAUUUUUCAUUAA